UGAAACCCAGUAGAAUAUCAGGCGUGAGAUGAUGACUCGGCAGCUGCUGCUGUGCGAACGAGCCGUGAGCUUAAGAAGCUUCUCAAGCUAGCAUUACUCAGACAGACAGACAGACAGACAGACAGACAGGUUAUCCUAACCUAUAUUGAAGCAUCUAUCAAUCUAUCUGGUUCUUUCUCCAGAUGCAUCACAGCUAGAAGCUCUAUGAUGCAGACCACCGGCCUCGUUGGCCUCGCUGUCUCCCAGAAUCCUCAUGAGCGUCUACGGAUUCUUUACGCAAAGAUCUUGGCAUCACUGCAGACCAUGCCACAGGACGCCGCAUACAGGAAGUACACAGAGCAGCUGGUUAACGAGCGCUUGGACCAUGUGAAAACGGAGCCAGAUGUUGGGAAGCUAGAGAAGAAAAUAAAUGGCGGACAGAUUGAAGAAGUCGUCUUCCAGGCGGAGUGUGAGCUGAGUCUGUCCAGGAAGAUGGCUGACUGGAAACCAUGGGAGCCACUGGUGGAGGAGCCUCCACCCAACCAGUGGAAGUGGCCCAUCUGAAAUGAGUUAAUGUGUCAUUCUGUUGCUGUGUGUGAGACGUGCUUCUAAUAAAGAAAAUGCUCAAAGAAA